AUGGCCAUCUCGUGUCCGACAAACGCUGACAUGACCGAAUGUGGCUUUGGCCCUGACGCGGUCACCAUCACUUACGGCCCGUCCACCUUUCUCGCGGCAGAGACCCUCGACCCGUUGUCGCUCAUGCUCGACUGCAAUCUGAAGGGGACAACGGCUGCUACAUGUACUGAGACAUACAUCGGACCGGCAGAUAUCCUGGAUGCGGUAACGGCCACGGCCACAGACUCAUCGACGGCAACCGACACUAGCACUAAACUGAUCACGACCACGACGACCACGGUGCUGUCGCAAUCGGAACUCGUUUUCAUUCCCGUGACGAUCACCGCAUUCGGCGAUUCUAGCAGCAAUACUGGGGCCAGCGGAAGUGCAUCCACAGCUGCGUCAACCGGAAGUGCUGCGGCGUCUAGCAGCGGGAGUGGCAGCUCCACCGUUCAGAGCAACAAUGGCGGCAGCGUGGGCGCCACUCGAUGGGAGUUGGUUUCCGCAGCGGGGGCCGGGCUGAUUGGGUUGACGCUUAUGUUGUUUUAA